AUGGUGUUUGACCAGCCAGCCACCCUGAUGCUGUUGGCUGGCUGCCGCUCGAGUCACCGAGCCCACCGCGCCACCUCCAUGGGCAGCUCUCUGAGCAGCUACGUGCCCUGGCUCAGGCCUGAGACCGCGCAGCCGCCACGCCACGAGGUAGGGCCGCAGUGGGAGCCCAAGCCUUUCCUCUGCUACACUGCUCAUGUCUGCCCCGGCCGGUGGAGGCGCUGUCGCUCCUUCCACCAGCUGCCGGGGAGAUUGGAGCAGUACCCCUUGCAGGACAUGCUGGUGCUUGAAGCCUGGAGGUGCUCUCGCUACAAGCGGAACCCCUACGCUCCUGUCCGGGAGGACUACCUGAAGCACUGGCUGUUUUCCAUCCACAACCCCAGACGCCUGUCGAGCCCGGUGACUGUGAAGAUCAGGCCCCCGGAGCGCCGACAGCACCCUCAAGCUGCCCAGGCCAUCCAGGCCUCCCAGGCCCAGGGCUCGCUCUAUACCAUGAGCACCCUGCCAGCACCGCAGCCAGACCCCUGCUCUAGGGAGGUGGUGCUGCAGGCCCUGCAGCGCUGCAACAAGGGCAAGCGCAAGUUCGACAAGCCCCUGUGGUUUGAAGACCCCCAGGACAAGAAAGAGAGGUACCGCCAGAAGAACGUGGGGACUGCCUUCAAGCCGGUGGUGGUGAAUGGCAUGGUCCGACCCUUCGUGCCCAAACCGGGACCGUUGAACUCCUGUCCCAGCAAGUGGAGCUGCCGCAUCUGCGAAAAUGUGUCUGUCUCCCCGCCUGCCCCCCAGGCAUGCCUGGAUGCCCCUCGGGAUGCCCCUCAGGCUACCCCUCAGGCUACCCCUCAGGCUGCCCCAACCAGUAUUUGUUACUAA